UUGUAUCUUAAGCACUAGAUGGCGCUAAGUUGGUGUCACAUGUCGAGCGAGUUAUAUCGAAGUUUGUUCUUGGUAGACGAAUCUGGUUCAUAUAAUUAUGUCGCUUCUCGAGAUAAGAGUGUUGACUUUGUGUUUGCUAUUACUUGGAACCUUUACUUGUGGAACUCUGCCUAUUCUAUUGGUUAAGUGGUUUAAACAGACGAAUACAACGCAAGGGCUACAAGUCACGGGCCGGUCGGUAAUAUCUUUCCUGCUGUGUGUCGGAGGUGGCGUGUUGUUAGAAACGUGUUUUGUUCACUUGCUUCCCGAAGUUCGUGCCAGCUUUGAACAACACUGGCUCCGAGAAAAUAGCAGCAGUUAUCAUUUUCCAAUUCCAGAAUUAAUCGUAUGUUUAGGUUUUCUAGCGGUCUAUAUUCUAGAAGAGGUGUUAUUUGCAGCAUUGGGAAACAGUCGCCCAACCGAGAACGGGUUAGGCCGGGACAGCCCGCAUCAAGGGCUAUUGCUCACCGAUAGAAAUCGGCCUGACAGCGGUACUGACAGAUCAACGCUUCAAACUGUGGGACUAUCUUCCUAUCCGACUUCUCCCAAAUUUUUUUUUCGGGGUUUCAUCAUAAUUUUGGCACUUUCAGUUCAUUCAGUUUUCGAAGGCUUCGCCGUGGGGCUUCAGGACAAUGUGAAAGAAACGUGGAUGUUGUUUAUCGCCGUUGCCAUGCACAAAUUCGUCAUUUCCUUUAUCGUAGGACUAGAAUUGUACUCGGACGGAACACACACUAUAACAGUUCUUGUUUAUAUGGCGGUUUUUGCAACAAUGUCUCCACUGGGUAUGCUUGUUGCUAUAGUUACGGAAAGUUCACUGCAAAGAUCGCCAGACCUAGUCGUAGGUACUUUGAAUGGUCUUGCAACCGGAACAUUGGUGUACGUAACAUUUUUCGAGAUCCUUCAAAGGGAGAAAAAUUCCCCUCUUCGCAGUCUGCUACAGCUGUUAGCAUUAUUGAUUGGAUUUAUUAUAAUGGUGGUAAUCCAGUGGGUAACAAGUUAAGAAUUCCAACAGCUUGAAUUCAGUAAGAAGUUUGUUCUGUAUUUCUUUUAAUCUUAAAUUUACUUUCUUCAAAGUUUGUUUUGUGAAUUUUGUUGUGACAAGAAACUCCAUUAUUAGCAGCAGUAGAUAAAAUAUCUGAAUUUUAAAAAUGUCCUUAUAAAUAAAACUACAAAAAUUAUUAUAAUAAUUCUGAGCCAUGAACAUUAUAUAUAUAUAUAUAUAUAGCUUUUCCAGGAGAGGAUGUUAUAUGUAACUUGUUAAAAUAUUUCGAAUCAACGAGCUUUAUUUAAUGUUUUGUAUAAACGAAGUUUUCUUAACCAAUCAUGGUAGAAUGUUUCGUAUGAACAAAAUUUUCUUAACCAAUGAUGAUGAAUUGUUUCUUAUGAACGGACUUUUCUCAACCAAUGAUAAUAGCAUGUUUCUUUUCAACGAGUUUUUCUUAACCAAUCAUGAUAGAAUCUUUCGAACGAACGAACUUUUCUUAACCAAACAUGGGUAGUUAUUAUUCUUUUGAAGGAAAAUUGGGAGUAAAACAAAUUUUCAGGGAUAUCAUUUGAUCAUUUUAUUUCUUUUUUCCUUGCAGACUUAAUACCCUGAAAAUUGCCAUUAUAAUAAUUGUUAUAAAUAAGUUUGACUUGCCAAUUUUUUUUUUGUUUACAUUGAGUUAUAUGCAGAUUUUG